AUGCUGGAAUCAUACCUUUUCGGCGCCCUCAUCGCUGCAGCCGCGGUCGAAGCCGCCCAGCCCGGCGCCGUCAAGCCCGUGGCGGCUCCCAUGCGCGACCUGACCUGGGGGCAGCUCAACUUCUUGCACACCACAGACACGCACGCCUGGCUGUCCGGGCACUUUCUAGAGCCCUCCUUCUCCGCCGAUUGGGGCGACUACAUCUCCUUCUCCCAGCACAUGCGCAAGCUCGCCGACGACAAGGGCGCCGACCUCCUCCUCAUUGACACGGGCGAUCGAAUCGAGGGCAGCGGCAUCUACGACGGCUCCGUCCCCAAGGGCAUCUACCAAUACGACAUCUACGCCCAGCAGAAGGUCGACAUCCUGAGCACCGGCAACCAUGAGCUGUACAAGGCAUACUCGGUCGACAUGGAACACAACACCACCGUCCCCAACUUCAAAGAAAACUACAUCGCGUCCAACCUGGACUACGUCGAUCCCAAGACGGGCAAGCGCGUGCCCCAGGCCCAGCGAUACCGCAAGUUCAAGACCAAGAACCUCGGCCUCAACAUUGUGGCGUUUGGCUUCCUCUUCGACUUUACCGGCAAUGCCAACAAUAGCAUCGUCCAGCCCGUGGCCGAUACCAUCAAGGAGGACUGGUUCCAGGCCGCCAUCAAGGAGAAGCCCGACCUCUUUGUCGUCAUCGGCCACGUCGGUGUGCGCAUGCAAGAGUUCAAGGACAUCUUCACCGCGAUUCGCAAGGAGGACUGGGACACGCCUAUUGCCUUUUUCGGCGGCCACCUGCACAUCAGAGAUGCCGUGAGCUACGACUCCAAGUCGCUGGCCAUCGCAUCCGGCCGCUACCUUGAGACCAUUGGCUGGAUGUCCAUUGACGGCAUCGCUAAGAAGCAGCCCAAGGAAGAGGAUGGCGAGGAAGUCGCAGCUCAAAAGGGCAUCUCCUUUAGCCGUAAAUACAUCGACAACAACCUCUACGGAAUGUACUAUCACACCGGCUUGAACGAGACCACGUUCCCCACCAAGGAGGGCAGAAAGGCGAGCCAGAUGAUUGAGGAUGCCCGCAAGGCACUCGACCUCGACCAUCGCUACGGCUGCGCGCCCCGAGACUUGUGGAUGACCAGGGCCCCGUACCCCGGCAAAGACAGCAUCUACUCUUGGCUUGAGGAGGAGGUGCUGCCCAGCGUGGUCGUCAACGAGGACAGAAAGGACAAGCCGCGGUUGGCGAUUCUCAACACGGGCGGUAUCCGCUUCGACAUCUUCAAGGGCCCCUUUACGCGCGACGACACGUUCACCGUGAGCCCGUUCAACAGCGGCUUCCGCUAUGUGGCCGAUGUGCCGUACGAAAUCGCCGCCAAGGUGAUUGGCAUCCUCAACAGCCAGGCCAAGAUUUUUAUCCACGGGCUUCCCAACACCAGGCAGUUGACGAUUCCUCAGCAAAUGUACCCCCGGCCCAACUUUGAUGACCACGAGGAAACCGAGACGGUUGAAGAUGGUCAGGAUGGUGUCGAAGUUGGUGAUCUUGGUCAAGAGGGUGACAAUGGCGAGCUCUUUGGCGGCUACACGACCAAGGAUGACAUCGGCAAGGACGGCGAUGACACGGUCCACAAGCCCAUUGACUUUUACGCCGUGCCCAACUGCAUCCAGGCCGAGGUUGGCUUCUCGGCCGACGAGAAGCCCAAGGCGGUGGAUCUGGUCUUCAUUGACUUCCUGCUGCCGUGGAUCAUUCCCGCGCUCAAGUUUAGCGGCGGCGACUACAGCGCCAAGGACGUGGAGCCGUAUAUGGAGGGGACGCUGACGACGAAGCUGGCCGAGUGGAUCAGCGACAACUGGAAGGAUGAGUGCUGAGUGUUGUCCAAGCUUUUUAUUGAUUUGACUGCGCCUGUUUGCAUGUUUCCUGUAUUGGCGGGAGUUUUUGUCUAAGACUUGGGAUACAACAAUGACUUGA